CUCUCCAGCGGUCGUGUGAGAUGUUUGUCUCUCUCCUCAACCACGCGUAUCAUGGGUGACAAGAAAGCCGAAAAAGAAUUCAUUGCUAAAUUUAUUGAGGUGUAUCGUGGUCUUCCCGCUCUGUGGGAUGUGAAAUGCAAAGAUUAUACAAAUCGUGCCAAAAAGGGGGAGCAGUACGAUGUGCUGAUAGAAAAGUACCGUGAAAAAUAUCCGGAUGCUGAGAGACAAGAAGUAGUAAAAAAAGUAAAUUCUUUGCGAACAAACUUCCGGAAAGAAUUAAAAAGGAUUCGCGAUGCAGAGAGAAGUGGUGCCGGUGCAGAGGAUGUGGAACCUACACUUUGGUAUUUUGACGAAAUGAAGUUUCUUGUAACUCGGGAAACACCUUCCGCUUCAAUCAGCACGAUGGACAUAUCUCAGGAUGUUCAUGACAACGAGGAUCGUUGCGACGCAAAUGAAACCAGAGCGGUGGAUGAUGAAUCUCGUCAAAAGAACAGGAAACGUAAAGCUCCAGAUCCCACUGAGGAAUUGGUGAAAUUGGCCUCCAAACGCCUUCAACAACCACAAGACGACAGUGACAUAGUUGCUGCAGCUUGGGCAGUCGAGCUCCGAAAAAUGGAUCCACAACAGCAGUUGUUUGCAAAGAAGGCCAUCAAUGAGAUACUGUUUGAGGGACAAAUGGGAACCUUACACCGUAGUUCAGUUGAAAUUAACGUCUCACGUGUGGCCACACCAUAUAGUGUUCAGUCCCUCCCUUCCCCUUCAUUCCCUCAGUAUGAAUCAGCAAGUGCCUCCUCGCAACACACAGAGGCAAUAUUAACGACAAGAGCCAAGAUGAGUUCUCGUUCUCUUGUGUUCGUCACGGGAAAUGCUAAGAAGUUGGAGGAAGUCGUAGCCAUUCUGGGAGAUACUUUUCCUUUUAAAAUAAUCAGCCAAAAGAUAGACUUGCCAGAGUACCAAGGUGAAGCUGAUGAAAUCAGCCGCAAGAAGUGCCAGGUAGCAGCCGAAAUUGUCAAAGGUCCUGUUAUUGUAGAAGACACAUGCCUGUGCUUCAAUGCACUAGGUGGUCUCCCAGGACCAUAUAUCAAGUGGUUUCUGGACAAGCUUGGUCCAGGUGGCCUGACAAAGCUCUUAGCAGGUUUUGAAGAUAAGUCUGCUGAAGCUGUUUGUACAUUUGCUUACUCUUCUGGGGAACCCAAUGACGAAGUACUUUUGUUCCAUGGUCGCACUCAAGGUUCCAUUGUGGAGCCUCGAGGGGAGCACAAGUUUGGGUGGGAUCCUAUCUUCCAGCCAAAAGGUUAUGACCAGACAUACGGUCAGUUGGAGAGAGAUAUUAAGAAUACCAUAUCUCACCGUUUUAAAGCAGUAGAUGCUUUGCGUGACUACUUUACAGGUGAAGAAGGAAGAGCACUGUUGUCCAAGAAGUUAAAGGUUGAAGACAACAAUGAGAAAGCAUAGCAUUGAGGUUUUGUCUGCUGAUCCAGCUGAACUAAAAAGAUUUCAUGAUCCUGCUUUCCCAUGAAAUUCCCAAAAAGAAGGACCAUCCCUGCCUGUGCACAGAAUAAAAGGAUUUGUUUAUGAAAUUUUACUUAAUGACAGUAUUCAUGCUCCCCUUUUCCAUUUAUGAUUAUCAUAUCUGGGGUUUAUAUAAUGAGCAAUAUAUUUCUUGUAUUGUGUUUUGAAAAAUCUUUUAUUAUGCCUAUAGCACAAAGAGGGUUACAAAGAUAAAGGCCCUGCAAACCUAUAUAUAUAUAUAUAAUGUCAGUCUGUUUAUUGUUGUGUAAGUCACUGCUUUAGAUCACAACAUCAUAUAUGCCACAAAAGAGGAGAAACCUCUUUGAUGUAGAUGGUAUCUAUUAGAAAGUUAAGCAGGUUUUCUUGCUUAUAUCAUAAUUAUGGGGCUGAUGUUUAAAUUAUAUAAACCAUUUCAUUAUUUACAGAUAUGGAAAGAGUCCAAAUUCCUUAACCCAUUCGCCACAUAUGGCAAGAAUAGAUGCCAUACCCACUUUGAUACACGUUUAUUUAUUGUAUUUACACAUAGAUGGUUCCAUAAGUUUUUAAUCACCAGAUAGCCAGUUAUCAAGAACUACCUAUUUCACCUGUUUACCCUUUUCCUUCACUUUAGGAAAGUUUUUUUUUUGUAUCAUUUCAUUGUCAAAAAUAUUCUAAUGACAAUUCAAUAAGCAUAACAUCAAUAACAAUAAUAACAGUAUCGAAAGCAAUGGUAUUAGUUUUCCUGCCAGUUCAAUGAAUGGGAAAAUCAGGGUCGGUAACUUGGGUCUACUGAUCAACUCCUUGCCGGCUGAGCACAUGUGGAGCCAUCUGUAGGUAACAAAAUUCACUAAAAACUACAGGGGACAGAACAUAAAUCCGUGGCGAAUGGGUUAACAUAUGACAGAUAAUAGUUUUUGUUAAGCACAAGUUCUUUUUACCAAUUUGACAGGUUGUGUUCUUUCAACCUCACUUAUUGUUGCUGAAUUAAAACCUUCUUUUAA